UAUGAAUUGGCCUACACAUAACUGCUCUAGCCAAGUCUAAAGAGGACCCUGAUGGUUCUGAUGGUUUCUGCCUCUGAGAAAAAUAAUGAAGUUUUUUAAUCAUCCUUUGCUAAUUAACUGAACAAAUCCAGUUACUUAUAUUUGGACUUGAGUUAAAAGAAAGGCACUUAAACAAAAGUUGUUCAUUUCAGUGAUUCAGAAACACAUUCUUCUGAAAAUACCUUACAGUUAUGGCAAUAUCUUACUAAGGAAAGGAAGAAUAUAAAAUACAAGAAGGACUUGAAACAAAAGCUUCCUACUCACAACACCAGAAGCACUUCUGAAAGAAACUGCCCUAGGACUUUCAACCGAUUCUAAUUUGUUCAAAGCAUCAUAGGUUUAAAUUUUUAAAAAGAUAACCAACCUACCUUUCUGCUGUCAUCCAAAUCACCAUGUUUGCAACUCAUUGAGCUCUAGACACAGAGAGAGUCAAGAACCUAAAAAUGAGGCCAUGGUUUGGCUCCUGGCGUUGGAUUAUGCUCAUUCUCUUUGCUUGGGGGACCUUGCUCUUUUAUAGAGGUGGACACCUGGUAGGGGACAAUGACCAUCCUGAUCACUAUAGACAAGAAAUCUCCAAGAUACUGUCAAAGCUUGAACACUUAAAACAACAGAAUGAAAACUUGAGGCGGAUGGCAGAGUUUCUCAGGAUACCAGAAGAUCCCAUGGACCAGGGACCAGAUUCAGGAAGGGUACGUACUUUAAAAGAACAGUUUUUAAAAGGCAAAGAACAGAUAGAAAAUUACAAGAAGAAAACCAGAGAUGUAGGUCUAGGGAAGAAUUAUGAAAUACUGAGGAAGAUUGAAAAUGGAGCUAAGGAGCUUUGGUUUUUUCUCCAGAGUGAACUGAAGAAAUUGAAAGAUUUAGAAGGAAUUGACCUCCAAAGACAUGUGGAUGAAUUUCUAUUUGAUUUGGGUCAUCAGGAAAGGUCAAUAAUGACAGAUCUGUACUACCUCAGUCAAGCAGAUGGAGCUGGUUAUUGGAGAGAAAAAGAAGCCAAAAACCUGACAGAACUAGUCCAAAGGAGAAUAACAUAUCUUCAGAACCCCAAGAAUUGCGAAAAAGCCAAGAAACUGGUAUGUAAUAUCAACAAAAAUUGUGGCUAUGGCUGUCAACUCCACCAUGUUGUCUACUGCUUCAUGAUUGCAUAUGGCACUCAAAGAACUCUCAUUCUGGAAUCCCAUAAGUGGCACUAUGCUACUGGUGGAUGGGAGACUGUAUUUAGACCUUUAAGUGAGACAUGCACAAACAGAGAAGGCAGCACUAAUAGACUCUGGUCAGGUGAGAUAAAUGACAAAAAUAUUCAAGUAGUAGACCUUCCCAUUGUUGACUUCCUUCAUCCACGGCCACCUUAUUUACCACUGGCUAUUCCAGAAGACCUUGCAGAUCGACUAGUGCGGAUCCAUGGAGAUCCCGCCGUGUGGUGGGUUUCCCAGUUUGUCAAAUACUUAAUCCGUCCACAGCCUUGGUUAAAAAAGAAAAUUGAAGAAGCCACCAAAAAGCUUGGUUUCAAGCACCCAGUUAUCGGAGUUCAUGUUCGACGUACAGACAAAGUGAGAACAGAAGCCGCAUUCCAUUCCAUUGAGGAAUACAUGGUUCAUGUUGAAGAGCAUUUCCAGCUUCUUGAAUGCAGAAUACAUGUGGACAAAAAAAGAGUUUAUCUGGCCACAGAUGAUCCUUCCUUAUUGAAACAGGCAAAGGCCAAGUACCCAAAUUAUGAAUUUAUCAGUAAUAACUCCAUAUCCUGGUUAGCUGGACUAGGUAAUCGAUAUACAUUCAAUUCCCUACAAGGUGUAAUUUUGGAUAUACACUUUCUGUCACAAGCAGAUUUCCUAGUCUGUACGUUUUCAUCUCAUGUUUGUCGAGCUGCUUAUGAAAUCAUGCAGACACUACAUCCUGAUGCCUCUGCCUACUUCCAUUCUUUGGAUGACAUUUACUAUUUUGGGGGCCAGAAUGCCCACAACCAGAUUGCUAUUUAUCCUCACCGACCACGAACUGCUAAUGAAAUCCCUAUGGAUCCUGGAGAUGUCAUUAGCGUGAUCGGAAACCACUGGGAUGGCUAUUCUAAAGGUUUCAAUGAGAAUCAAGGGAGAAUAGGCUUGUACCCUUCCUAUAAAGUGAAAGAAAAAAUAGAGACAGUCAAGUACCCCACAUACCCAGAAGCUGAGAAAUAAAUUUGCAGAUGAGGCAACUGAAGCUGAGAAAAAUUAAGUGACUUGCCCAGGAUCACACACCUGGUAAGUCCUGGGACAAAACCUAAACUCAGGACUUCUGAAUUCAAGCCCAACAUUCUAUCCACUGAGCCACCAAAGCUUAACCAACCAUUUGAAUCUAAAUAAAGAUAAAAAUACUCUCAAGAGAUGAAAAGAUACUUUCAUAUCAGAGAUAUAGCUAUUACUGAGUAAAAAAAUUAACAAGUAUCACUUUAGUUAUCUGCCUAAGUCCUCAAAGAGUUUACAAAUGGGGAAAAGUUACUGAAU